AUGUCCAACAGCAGCGAUACCAACACACCCUCAACGAUGAAAACACAGCUUUCUAAAGUUGAUGCAUUUAAUCUUGUGGUCGUCAUUGCGCCAAAUCUUAGUCAAGAUCACCUACAACACAGUCAUGCAACCCGUAACCUUUCUCCAAAUUCACGAAGAGACGAAAAUUCACACCAUGACUUUUGUUUUAGAAACCCUCGGGAACUUUACGCUGUACGCUGUAACAUUUGGAACCGGAAUCUUGCUUCAGCGCAUUCUUUUCUUCGUGAUCGGCAUCCUAAUAGUCAAUUGGAACCUGUUGGAAAAGCCUGGAUCAUUUCGAAAAUAGAAGCACGGGAAAGCGAUAUUGGAAAGAUGAGCGAUUUUUUCAUAUUUCUUGAAUCACGUCAUCAAAAUUUCAAAAUUUAUCGUACAUCAAAUAGUAGCUAUAAUUAA